UUCAACAACUUGAAAAUCCACUAAAACAUUUAAAGAUCAGUUGACUAGUUGAGUAAUUACAAAUCAAGAAUUGAUGCCUAUAUUUCCAAGAAAACCAAAUAUUUCUACCACCAAACUAUAUAUCCUUUGAGUAAUCUUCAAGUUUUCUUUGUGAAAUCUGUUUUUUCUCUCUUUAUUCUUCUUUUCUCAUUGAAAAAACAUAAUCCCAUAAAAAGAAAAACAAGUGUUAUGGAAAAUCAUCAAUUCAUUUACCCAAUUUUUAUCUCUUUUAUCACUGCCCUUGCCCUUGUUUCCAUCUCUCUAUGCAUAGCUGCUGAAUUCAAGAAAACAAAGAAGGAAGAUCUGAGGUUUGAUGGGAAAUUGUGUUACUUGCCAAAAAGUGUAGCUUUUGAAUUGGGAAUUGGAGCUUUAAUUUGUUUAAUUAUGGGUCAAGUGAUUGGGAAUUUGUUGAUUUGUAGAAAUGUCUUCUCAAGGGAUCAUCAAAACAAUUCAAAGACUAACAAGAAACCUACCAUUACUGGCAUCAUUUGUUUUAUCUCAUGGUUGAGCUUUGUAAUGGCAAUAAUUUUAAUAGGAACUAGCAUUAGCAUGAGCAAAACCCAACCACUCGGUGAAGGGUGGCUAGAUGGUGAAUGUUACAUAGUCAAUAAUGGUGUCUAUAUUAUUUCAGCUAUUUUGGUAUUUAUAACUUUGAGCACAACACUUGGUCCCCUUAUCUUCAAAAUAAGAAAGAAGGACCAAGUACAAACAAGAUGGCAAAAUACCUCUACAACAAGUUGAAUAUAUAGAAGAAAAAAAAAAGAUACAAAUAUAUGAGAAAUUAUGAAAUACAAAAUGCAUAGACUUACUUGGCAACAACUUUUUUCUUAUUCUAUUUUUAUGA